AUGGAGAAAGUGGGGACAGGUUACAUGGAUGGAGAACUUGCAAAAAAAUCAGAUCUGAGAGCCCCGAUUCUAAAACGUGGAGGCACUUCAAAGUCUAAGAGUAGCCAAGAAGAAAACAAGGAAGCACUAAAGAAGGAAAUCUUAUUCACAGAUUCUGAUAAGUCUUUGAUGCGUGAAGCAAAAGGCAUCGAGUUGAAGAAAGACAAGAUGGGGAUGGAGCCCAACAUAAAGGAAAGUGACAGAGAAAUGCCAAAAAGACAGGAAGCCCAAGUAAAGGAGAGUGAGUCCAGAAUACCACAAGGACAAGAACCUCAAGGAAAUGACAGUGAGUCCAGAAUACCACAAGGUCAAGAACCUCAAGGAAAUGACAGUGAGUCCAGAAUACCACAAGGACAAGACUCUCAAGGAAAUGACAGUGAGGCUGGAAUACCACAAGGACAAGAAUCUCAA